AUGUUUCUCCGGAAGAGAGACCGGGCAGCACAGCACGUAUCGAAGAUUCCAGCAUCCCGGUGGGGCGUUACAAAGGCCCAGUUCGAGGAGUUUGUUGGCGUAGUUCGAGCUUUCGUGGCCAAGGGCCUGAUUGAAAACUCGGUCACACAUUGGAAAAGUGAGGAAAAGACAAUCAAGCGGCUCCAACUUUAUCCUCUGGCCAAGAAGAAAUUAUCAUUGGAGACAGUCAACAAAACAAUCAAGGAACCCCUGUUCGUUUACCCUGACUGGAAAUUCAACAGCACUCGGAUAGGGCCCAACAUUCAUCAGCACAAAUGGGAAGGCCUGGCCGGAAAAGGAGCCUUGAAAAAGUCUAGUUGGGCUUUGAUGAAGAAUCCUCAAGAUGGGGUCGAAGCGGAUCUUUUUGUCUCCCACGCUUGGCACGAGGGCAUUUUUGAAUUUGCCAACCAUCUCCUCGAAGCAUGCCCCCCUGAAUGCAACGCUGCCUACAUUUGUUUCCUUUCCAACCCCCAACAUUUGGUGCACCAUUUUUUAGGCGACCAUUUGCUGGAAGAAAGCCCCUUUCACAUUGCCAUGACGAGCCCCUCCAUGAAACAUGUCACAGUCAUUGCAACCCAGAAUAUUCCCAUUCAUACAAGAAUAUGGUGCUGUUAUGAAGCAUAUCUGGCCAUGGAUCUGGGUCUCCCCAUGUGCAUUGGCGGCGACGAAAAAAACUUGUCAACCCAACAGGAGCGCCUCAAAGAGCACGCCCCACGAACUGUCAAGGAACGGGAAAAGCGAACGACAAGAGUUCGAAAGGAACUCUUUAAGGAUUACUGCACUGGGGCUGCGUUGGAAGCCAUUCACGAGAGAAUCGACAGAGAAAGGUCAAAGAAGGGUCGUGUUGCCGCUGCCGUUUUGGCCAUUGUCCUCUUGUUCUGUUUUCCGCUGUUUGUGCUGGGCUGUUCUACAAAGUACUUCUUCCUGUCGCCCUUUAUGAUUGGUAGCAGAGGUAACAUCAUCAUCCAAGAAGCAAAAGAAGAGGAAGAUGUAAUCCAUGAAAAGGAACAGGUUAAACUGGAGAGUAUCCAAAAGUUUGCGGUUGAUGUGCGUGAUGCUACAGCGAGCAACGAGAAUGAUAGGAGUGCCAUUCUUUCAGCCAUAGGCGAUGCAUCAGAGCGAGUCAACGCCAUGCUAACGGAUCUAAUCUUCCGAGGUAAGAAGGAACUGUAA